AUUGGGAAAGCUGGGCCUUAAUCAGUCCUCUUUCUGUCCAUCGCGCGAGCAAAAUGGUGAACGUACCAAAACAGCGCCGCACUUUUUGCAAGGCCAAAAAAUGUCGAAGACACACUUUACACAAGGUGACUCAGUACAAGACGGGUAAAGCCAGUCUGUACGCCCAGGGAAAACGUCGCUACGAUCGUAAACAGUCGGGAUAUGGUGGUCAAACAAAACCCAUUUUCCACAAGAAGGCUAAAACAACCAAGAAAAUUGUUCUCCGUAUGGAAUGCACUGAGUGUAAGUACAGGAAACAAGUAGCCCUGAAAAGGUGCAAGCACUUUGAGCUGGGUGGAGACAAGAAGAGAAAGGGACAAAUGAUCCAGUUCUGAUUACAAUAAAGUUUCUUCUAAUCUGC